AUGUUUUCAACAGGGAUUCCCAAAAAGUCGCUUUUCAGCGUUGACCAGCUUCUAGCCAAUACAAACACGAAUUUUACAAAUAAUAAUACGCUCAAUGCCAGUCUUAUCUAUCCUAAGCUGCUAGAUUUCAACAGUUACUUUUCCACUGCACGAAAUCAAUUUUCUUCUUGUAUUAACGGUAAGACUCUUCUGACACAGAAAGGAUGUCUGGAUAGUUCAAACUACUUACAAGUUUUCGAACAGAGCAAUGGAAAGAAAGCUGAGAUAACACAAACUACCAAGACUAAUACCUGUGACAUUCCUAUUCAGAAAAGCCCUAGCACAGACUGUUCGGAACCAGAUAUGGAAAAACUUCGAUUGCAAAUGACCUUCAAUAGGUGUAUGCUAAGGAAACAUCGCAAUAAUAGAAAACCGCGAACUCCUUUUAGCUCUUUUCAAUUAACAUCGUUAGAAAAUAAAUUCCAACACAAACAAUACCUCAGUAUUGCCGAAAGAGCAGAAUUCAGUGCUUCAUUGAAAUUAACAGAAACACAGGUUAAAAUAUGGUUCCAGAAUCGCAGAGCGAAAUCGAAAAGAUUACAAGAAGCAGAAUUGGAAAAAGCAAAAAUAUCAAAUUUGGUAAACUUCACAUACAGACCACUCUGA